AUGACCAGGAGAGAAGUUAAACUAAUAAUCAAUGUUGAAGGAAUAGUGCAAAAAUGCAGAGACAUCAACAGCAUGGAAGAUAUGAAAGAAGUUGUUAAAUACGACGACAAACUAAGCCAUUUGGCCAUUCUUAAGUGCAUACUUAAAGACAAUCUAAAAAUAGAGAACAGUCCAUACAGCGAUGAAGAAAAUCAACACAUCUUAAGCAUACUUGAGAAUGACAUUUAUUAUUAUUUUUUAUACCAUGGAUUUGAAGCGUCUCGAGUUAUGUUUGAGUUGCGUGAUGAGCUAGAGAAUAAAUACGAUGACCUAAUUAGAACACGUGCCAUUUCUUUAGUCAAUGAACUUAUAAAUUCAAAUAAAUUUAUAUACAAUCCAGAUCAUGGAAUGAAUAGAAAAAAUGAAGGAGUAAAGUUUAUAAAAAUAAAUGAUGGCACAGACAAAAACAAUCUAGGCACUAGAACAUACACUCUAGAGAUUGAUGAUGCAAAGCUUCCUGACUUGAAAAGAAUAGCUGACUUCACCGAAGAGACUUUGAACAGAGAUAACUUGAGAAUAGCAUCUUAUUAUGUAAGAUUUAAGAAUAUUCUUCUUUUGAAAGACUUUGUGUCCAUACAAGAUUGCUAUACUCUUGAGGAUCUAUACACUAAAAAAGAUGAAAAAACCAAUAUGUCACUGGUUGACUACGGUCUGGAUCUUAUUCACAAAAAAUAUUUUGAAAUUCGAGACUUAGUUGAAAAGGCUAAAGAAGCAAAUGACGAUGAAGCUCAAAAGCAGUCUAUAAUUAAUCAGUUGAAUGGAUUAUUUCCCUCUGAAGGAGAUAUGAGAGUAUUCCUUUCUAUUAUCGAGAAUAGCCCAAAAAUUCUAAAUGAAAAAGAAGUGCAGAAAUGUAUGAUUAAAGCAUUAGACUAUAUGGCAACUAAUACUGAUAUUUUGGGUAAAGUAGGUGAGCAAAAGGUGCUAAAGAUAAAAAGCGACUUAAGUAAUUUCAAUAGAGACUACAUGAGUAUUUAUGAAGGUUUAAAGCGAAAAGUACAAGAUGCAAUUAUUAAAUUGGAGCAUGAGAAAGAAGCACUAAAAGAAGAAAAAGAAAAAUAUACUGGAACAGAUUCAACUAGUCAAAAUGAAUCGCGUACUCUUAGUGUUAUAGAAAAUGCUAUAAAAUCAUUGAAAUGGAGGAUAUAUAAAGGAAAUAUACAAUCUAAUAAUGUAGAUUUUCUUACUAUGGAUCUCUUACGCCCUUUAAGAGACUUGAACCCAGUUCAGAAACAAUACAUUAUCAAGAAGAUAAAAGAGUCUGCAGAUCUACUGAACGUACAAGUAGUAGUAACCGAUGA